UAAUCGAUAGCUACGGGUGUCGACGCCGCUGGAAAUAAACAAAAAUUUCUUAAGUUCAUAACAAAAGAAUAGACCAACCUAAGCAUACGGAGUUGGUAAAAUGUCGAAUGCGCAGCGCUCGUUUGUGCAAAAAGUUUCUAAGCAGUCGGCAGCGGAUGUCAGAAAAAAUGUUUCUAAUUGCCAUUUAUCAAAGACAAUCGACCCAUCAUUGUGCGCUUCCACGGCUUCGCCGACGGAACCGCUUGACUAUGAAGAAUUUCUUUCCCAACAUAUGAAUAUUAUCAACCGGGACCCCUUGAAACAUAUAUUGGAUUUCCCCCAAGGAGAUUUAACUGUUAAAGUCAUUCCUCGGAAGAUCCGAACAGUUGAUCAUAUUGUUCCGACAGAAAAUUUAGCUGAUUUGUCACAGCACGUCCAAGAAUGUGUAAACUGCUAUACAAGGCCAUGGAAGGUAGUCGAAUAUGCACAGCGGCACCUGUCCAGCUCGUGCUAUGUCCGCGAGCGUAUCGAUCGUGGAACCAUAAGCCCUUCCGCGUACCAACAAGAGUUUGAGAUUGAUAAGGAUUUCUCAACGUUUGAGGAAACAUUCGCUUAUAAAAGUGAGAGCUGCACUCCAAGCUCUAGACAAUCCAUAGCAAGCUUGGCUUCAGAUAGUUCUUGUACGGAUACUUUGACACCACGUGGGUCUUGGGCUAGCUUUGAUCUUCGACGUUCUGUUAAUGAUCCACUGAUACCAAACUUGCUGGACAAUGUUCCGCCCGAGAACAUUGAUCAAACCAACGAAGCACGCCGGCAACAGGAUCGCCAAGUGGCCAUUUUCUCACUAUAUCCGGAAUCGGAAGCGGAGGAAAGCGUUGAGCGCCGACUGCUCGCGGAAAUCCCUGUGGAACACAUGGGUCAUCGCAUCCAGGUCAAAUGCCUGCAGCUGCGGCUUGAGCUUGAGGUGGAACCAAUUUUCGCCUCGAUGGCCAUUUAUGACGCCAAAGAACGACAAAAAAUUUCGGAAAACUUCUACUUCGACAUGAACUCGGAUAAUCUUAAACGAAUGUUGUCAAGCCACGUCCAAUGCGCCGACAUCAGUACCCAGAGUCACUCGGCCAUAUUUGAAAUUUCGUAUCCCAGCAAUGAUUUGUUUCUGGUGAUUCGCCUGGAGAAGGUCCUUCAGGGUGACAUUAACAAUUCUGUGGAACCAUAUUUAAAGGAAGACAAAGAUAAAUAUCGGGACAAGGUUAAAUCCAACGCUGCGGACUAUUGUGAGCGAUUGGGCAAAUAUCGAAUGCCGUUUGCAUGGACAGGCAUCUACUUAACCAACGUUUUCAAUGGCGAUAAUUUUGAAAGCAAAGACGGUGGCGGGGCAGACCGCGACUCUGCUGGAAGCGGAACAGGUGGUGGAUUGGGCACCGCUCCGAGCUCCAAUAGCUUGGACCGGAAGUCCUCAACCAGCAGCUUUGAUCAACUAAGACGCAAGGCUAAUGACAUGAGUGGAACCCUCACCCGGCGCGGUUCUCUUGAACGAAAGGAGAAGCGGCGAUCUUGGUCACCAGAUGAUUUUGCUAAUGUUGUUGAAAACUUUCGACCCAUCACCAUUACAGUGCCGAGUUUCUUCAAACAAGAGGCAGAUAAAAUGAAAGACGAAGAUUUGUAUAAAAUUCUACCAGAGUUGAAGAGACCUAGCUCAGUUAUGAAGAAGUAUAAAUGCAUACCAGGCUCUAUUAAACUGGAAAUAUUACCUUGCAUUGAUGAAGUUAAGAACGCACUUACACCGGAACUGGCCGUUAUAAACCCUCAACCAGCUGAAAACAUUCGUCCAGUCAAGGAAAUCCUGGAGUUUCCACAAUCGGCCAUUUACAAUCCCCAUUAUACCUACCGGAAUCUGCUUUUUGUGUCACCAAAGGAGUUAAAUUUCUCUUCGCGUGCUGGCUCUGCCCGAAACAUUGCAGUUCGCAUACAACUUAUGGCAGGUGAAACCCCAAAGGAUGCGGUUAAUGCCAUUUAUGGCAAAUCAUCUUGCCCGAAGUUUUCAACGGAGGCAUUUACGGCAGUCAAUUACCACAACAAGUGCCCGUCAUUCUAUGAUGAGAUCAAAAUAGCCUUGCCUGCAUCAAUAAAGCAGAAUCACCACCUGUUUUUCACCAUUUACCAUGUGUCCUGUCAAAAGAAGCCCCAGGACAUACAGCCCUCUGUAGAGACGCCCAUCGGCUACACAUGGCUGCCAUUGCUGGAUGAUGGUAAACUUAAGGUUGGCGAAUUUAAUCUGCCUGUUAUGCUGGAAUCGCCACCAGAAAACUACUCAUUUAUACCACCAAAUGUCCAUCUCCCUGGAAUCAAAUGGCUAGACAAUCAUAGAGCCGUAUUUUCUAUCAAUGUGGAAGCAGUGACUGCAGUUCACACCUUGGACUCGUAUCUGGAUCGAUUCUUUUUAAUAUGCGAAUACUUGGAUUCGCGCAACAUCCCUUCCCAUAUCGGCGAAAGCAAUAUAGAGGCGGAGUUGAAGAAAUGCUUGCUAGAUAUCGAGCACACUAAUCGUGAACCUUUAGUGAGGCACCUGCCAUUGGUUCUGGAUAAGCUCAUCGAAUUGUUGGUAAUGACACACAAAAUUGGUGGACAGGCUAUGUCUCUGGGCUCCACAGUUUUCGAAGUUCUUUGCUUAGUAUCGUCACUUUUGUCAAUACUGAACGACGACCAAUACGAUCAAUACGGACGCCAAAGUUUGCUUUCAACUUAUGUGCAAUUUCAAUGUAAAAUUCCGCACCCAUUUCAAACCAAUCAGCGACUUACGAGCAGUCGCAGCACAACGGACGAAUUGCAAUUAACCGAAACGUACAGAUUGUAUGAUAAUGUUUUGACUAGUGGUCGGAGUUUAGAUCGCAAAGAUCUAUCGAUGGACAUAAGUCACUCGAUUGCUGGACGGGAUGUCCAAGUGCGCCUGCUACACGAAGAGUUGGCUUUACAUUGGGUCGUUGCUAGUGGAAAAGCCGCCGAUUUAGCCAUGUCGAAUUCAUGGUUUCUAUUUGAGCUCAUUGUUAAGUCUAUGAUUGAACACUUGCACAGUUCGAAUACUUUAAAUGGACCCCGCAAAAAUCGGUUUCCGCAUCAAUUCAACGAUGAUCUUUCCACACUUGUGCACUUGGUUACCACAAAGGUAGUCGGCUAUCAUAGUAACGAGCCCAAACUAGCACAGUCCCUGAACGCAAGCUUAAGCUUCUUUAUAUUUGACAUACUUAGCGUCAUGGACCGGGGAUUCGUUUUCGGUCUGAUCAAAACGUAUACCAAGGUUCUGAUUUCUAAAAAUGCUUCAAUACCUGAUCUAAUGAACUAUAAAAUAGACUUCCUGAGAAUUGUGUGUAGUCAUGAGCACUUUGUAGCUCUCAAUUUGCCAUUUGGAACUUCGUACACGAUGGUCUCGGCGGCUCCUUGUAGCCCAACGCCGAGCACAACGUCGAGCAACAGCCAAACUUCAUGCGGAUCCCUCGAGCGAGCGCUUCACGCUGACCUCAGUCAGGAGUUUCUGCAGCAACAUUUUCUGGUCGGACUUGUUCUCAGUGAUUUGUCUGCAGUAAUGGAGGUGCCCAAUCCCCAGCUACACGGAAAGGCGAUUCGCUGCAUCCGCAACCUGAUGACGUCUCACGACUUGGACACUCGGUAUAGCGAUACAGAAGCCCGUGCACGGGUAGCUGCCUUGUACAUACCAUUGCUAUCCAUUGUUAUGGACAGCCUUUCUCAACUGCAUCAGCACGGACUUGAUCAGGAUCGUUUACAGCAGAUCGGUCAGCUAGAAGAUUAUCAAGGCCCACAUCAAACUAUAACAACAACAACUAUAAAUCCGGAAGUCGCAUACGCAAUUUCUGGAAGUCGUCCUUACUCCUACUUCAACGAACAAGUUAAAAACAAAUCGCCACUGAGUUCGGAGAAUACCCGCCAUUUGCUGGUGUGUUUCCUUUGGGUGCUAAAGAAUUUAGAAAGGAAUGUUUUAUACCGCUGGCUUUUGGACCUGAGUCCACACAGAGUGCACCAAAUGCUUCAAGUUGUUAAUGUCUGCCUGAAAACGUUUGAGUAUACAGGACAAAAACACGUUCCCACUCUCAAGCGAACCAAUACACAAAGUUUUAGGAAAACUGGCUCCACUGAUGUUAAGGAAAAAUUGGAGGAAUGCAUUAGGGGCACGAAUUCAGCGCGUUACGAUUUAAUAAAUCGUAGAAAGGAUCGAAACUCUACGGAGAAAUUCCGCUGGCGAAAAGACCAAAUGCCAUAUCGUUCACCCUAUGUAGAUGGUGUUGGCAAAAGUGAGCACGAACUGGAAAUAAGUCAUUUUAUUGAAGGCUCUUUGGCGACUGAAGUUUCCCUUGUACUACUCGACACUCUUGAAAUAAUUGUUCAUGUUGCAACCAACCAUUACCAUAACCUUCUUGGAACUGUGCUCAAGGUGCUACUCCAUGCACUGUCACGCAAUCAGUCCACUUUGGCGCUGCAAAACUUGUUUGCCUCCCAACGCGCUCUGAUUUUCAAAUUUCCGAAUUUAUUAUUCGACGACGAAACAGACAUUUGCGCAGACUUGUGUCUAAUUUUAUUGAAGCAUUGUGGAUCUCUUUUGCCAGGGAUCCGAUCACAGGCAGCUGCAUCAUUAUAUUUAUUAAUGAGGCAAAACUUUGAAAUCGGCAAUAACUUUGCUCGUGUGAAGAUGCAAGUGACGAUGUCUUUAAGUUCCCUAGUUGGCACAAGUUCGGUUUUUAGUGAACAAUCGCUGCGUCGUGCUCUGAAAACAGUUCUAGUCUACGCUGAGUCCGACUCCGAUCUACAGGAUACAUCUUUUCCAGAACAAGUGCAAGAUUUGCUUUUUAAUCUCCAUAUGAUAUUGUCGGAUACAGUUAAGAUGAAGGAGUAUCAAGAAGACCCAGAAAUGCUGCUUGAUCUGAUGAAUCGUAUUGCAAAGGGAUACCAAAACAAUCCUGAUCUACGACUGACUUGGCUGGAAAACAUGGCUAAGAAACACCGCGAGCGCGCUAAUCACACGGAAGCAGCAAUGUGCUAUGUACAUGCCGCUGCUUUGGUUUCGGAAUAUCUUAGCAUGUUGGAGUCCCAAACACAUUUGCCUGUUGGAGCAGUGUCUUUUCAACGCAUUUCUCCCAACACACUCAUGGAGUCCGCCGUUUCGGACGAUGUGCUCAGUCCUGGCGAAGAUGGAAUCUGCUUGGGAAACCAUUUUACUGAAACUGGAUUGAAGGCUUUGCUAGAAGAAGCUUCGAAUUCGUUUCAAGUUGCUGGCAUGUAUGAGGCAAUGAACGAGGUGUACAAGAUUUUGAUUCCCAUUUGCGAAGCCAAUAGAGACUUCCAAAAACUAAGCAAAGUGCAUGGCAAGUUGCAGGAAGCAUUUAAUCGAAUAGCGCAGCUACAGGGAAAACGAGUUUUUGGCACAUACUUCCGGGUAGGAUUUUAUGGAGGAAAGUUUGGAGACUUAGACCAACAGGAGUUCAUCUAUAAAGAGCCGACUUUGACAAAACUGCCGGAAAUAUUCAGUCGUCUUCAAAACUUUUAUACUGAACGCUUUGGACCGGACUCUGUGCAUAUCAUCAAGGACUCCAAUACAGUCGAUAUCAACAGUUUAGAUCCCGAUAAAGCUUACAUUCAAAUUACUUAUGUAGAGCCCUAUUUCGAAACCUAUGAAAUGCGUCAUCGUGAAACAUACUUUGAACGGAAUUUCAACAUAAAACGAUUCAUCUAUGCAACGCCUUUUACGAAAAAUGGUAAGGCUCAUGGCGAACUACAUGAGCAAUGUAAAAGGAAAACGAUUUUGACCACGGCUAACCACUUUCCCUAUGUAAAAACAAGGAUUAUGGUCAUAAGCCGUCAGCAAAUAGUUCUUGAACCCAUUGAGGUUGCAAUUGAAGAUAUUCAAAAGAAAACAUUGGAGUUGGCGGCUGCUACAAAUCAGGAGCCCGCUGACCCAAAAAUAUUGCAAAUGGUGUCAGGAUGUAUUGGAACUACCGUUAACCAAGGGCCUAUGGAAAUGGCCAGCGUGUUUCUCUCGAAUUUAUCUGACGGAACAACAGUCCCAACGAAGCACCAAAACAAAUUACGGCUUUGCUUUAGGGAGUUUUCAAAACGCUGUGCGGACGCUUUGAAGAAAAAUCGGAAUUUAAUACUUUCAGAUCAAAAAGAUUAUCAACGAGAAUUGGAGCGCAACAACGAUCGUUUCAUAGAGCGAUUGACGCCUUUUAUUACUCUUACUGCAGUUCAAAAUAAUGGCGUUGUUAGGGGGAAUGCAUACAACAACAAAAGUACUCCUCUGAAAUGGUAAUUUCUUGCACGUCAUAAUGCAGCAGUAAAGUUUUAAAAAUCUUUUGAUAUUUCAUGUCUAGCGUAUCGGAUUAUUUUAAGUAAGUGGUUUAAAAAAUAUGAAAAAUUUCUAAUUUAGAUCCUGACUAAUCGAUCUCUAUAUUUGCUUAAAUGUUAGAUGAGACCUACACCAAAUAUUAUACCUACUAAAAAUUCAUAAAAAUGUAUUAUUCCCUUUUGUACUUUUAUAAUAUUUUAUAUUAAAUUAAAUAAACCUCAUGGUUACUUGCUCACAAGUA